AUGAAGCUCUCUAGUGCCAUCACGCUCCUUCCAAUAGCUAUUGCUGGAUCCCUCUUGUCAGGUCAUGGGGCAAAAGCCUAUGAAGUUGGCUGCCUCUAUCCAGAGGCCAUGCCUGACCCCAUGGUUGCCAGGAACAACAUCAUGACAUUAUGGGCAAGCAUUGCUCAGGCUCACCCUCUUGAAACUCCUGUCGUUGUGUAUUUUGGUCAUCUUUCAGCUGUCUGUGCAGCCAAUUGUUUGGCAUACCAUGAUGACACAGUUUUGAAUUCUGUGACAAGAGCCAGGCCCACCAUCAGUGUACCAGAAGAGUACCACAACUCAUACAGCAGGGUCCUUUGUUUUGCCCAAUGUUUGGGUAUUUUUGCAGACCCAGCUGGGCCAAACCGUCUCAAGCCCUUGUGGGAACUGUGGGAGUUGGAGGGCAUCCAGGGGAUUCGUCCUGAUGUCCAAGCUGCUUUGGCUGCUGCAGCAGGAGGAGAUCCUUCGGACCUCGGAGGCCUUCUGGUUGCCGAAGACUAUCACCCAUUUCUAAUUGGGCAUAUUGCUGCCCUUGAAAUUGCGAGCAAACUUGCUCAGGAUGGAUGGAAUGCACAGGGUGCUCUUUCAUACGACUGGAACACUGGCCAACCGGUUCCCUGCACAGCAAACUGUGAGAAGUAUGGCGACAUUACUGGCUAUGCCCCAAGGAAUGUAUUCACCGGUAAACAAGAAAAUGACACGGCCAAGUACAUUGUGGAGGGCAAUGACAAGUACUGGCAGCCACUUUACGAAGACAAUGGCUUGGGUACCUUUACCUCGCAGAAGCAUGUCACCCCUCAUGUUGGAAUAACUGGAAAGCCAUUCGUGCUUGACUCUUUGGACUCUGUUGCUCCCUUGGAUGAUCCUGAGUAUGACUUUCUCAAGGAAUCAGAGAUGGUUGUGGAGAGACUCCGUGAAACAUCUGGCGACAACUUGAAGAAGCAGAAGAUUGCACUUUAUGAUGACAAGAUUCUUGUCCGAGGCAUCAUCCAGCAUGGAAUGAGGAACCAGGUAGGAGCAACAUAUUCCUAUGAAGAUGAGGUUCUCUUUCUCCUUGGCAUUUCGUCAGCGGAAAACGAUGCUCUGUUGCUGUCCUGGCGGGAGAAGGUGAGGCAUGAUAUUGUCAGACCCACAACAGUCAUCAAGCGCUGGGGCAGCGAUGUUUUGGAGACUUUUGGUGGGGAUAAGGCCUUUGACGGCCCUGUCAACAUCUCUGCCAGAGACUUCCAGGCAUUCCAGAGAGUGAUGCCACACAGUGAGUUCCCUUCAGGCUCCUCUUGUCUGUGCACUGCAUAUACAGAGUUUACAGAUGCCUACACAAGCACAUACUUUUCGGAUGUGACACUAAAGGACCUGACCUAUGGAGAAGACGGAUUCAGCAUUGGUUGUGUGGAUGGAGAGGACCCCUUUGUUCACAAGACAAGUGGUUGUGACUCUGCUUUUGUCAUUCCAGACAUUGCCAGCCUAAAGGAAGACUGCAGUCAAAGUCGUCUUUGGGGAGGAUUUCAUUUCACUGCUUCAGUCCCUGCUGGUCAAGAACUUUGCACAGGCGUUGGUGGAGAAGCCCUCAGUUUUGAGAGAAUGAUCCGCAACAACAGCACUCUGGGUUCCAAGUUCCACAAGGGUGACAGCCGCCCACAAUGCUCGACUGCUGGGGACGCCGAUGUUGCUGGGGAUGCCGACGCUGAGGAUGUUGCUGAUGUUACUGAGGUUGUUGAGAAAGACGAAUCCGAAGGAGGCUCUCUCAAGGGUACUGCAGGCAGUAGUGAUGAGAUGUCAUCGGCAGGUGCAUCUGGCAAGCACAACUUGUACCUUGCUUCUUUCUUUGGCUUCAUCCUGGCUGUAGCAGGUUUCUAG